UAUAGUAAUUAGAUUCUCACAAUCCUCGUCAGAGCCUCGCCACGCCACGCCACCUAUAUUUUGGACUCCAUGCACUUCCUUCCUUUCCACUAGUCCUUCCCUAUCUCUCUCUCUCCUUCCACAGCCCUAAGGUAGAACCAGAGCACGACCCCGACAGAGACCCACCUCCCUCUCUCUCUCUCUCUCUCUCUCUCUCUCUCUCAUGGCGGUGGAGUCUCGGCAUCUCCAUCUUUUCCCUCCGCAGCUCCUCCGCAACAGGUGGGAAGGGGGAACGAUGACGACCCAUCCUGUGCAAGCCAACGCCAGCAUGUACAGCUCCCAGCCGGUGUACGGGCUGCCCUUAUCGGGAACCUCCACCGCCGAUUCUUUCCUGUUUCCCCUGUACAAUCCCAAUCUCAACAACACCCAUCUCUCCGCUGCCCGCGCCCUCGACGAGUCCCUGCGUCUCAAGACGACGCCGUUGAAGUCGGAGAGCGGGAUCACCUACAUCAACAACGCCCCCCUUCCUUCGUUAUCGUCUUCCUCCAGAAAGCGCCCCAGAGACUCUGAUCAAGGCUUGUCGUUCUCGACGGCGGAGAUUCAUCCCGACGGCGGGGGUGGUUGCGGCCGUUUCGCCUUCCUCGGGGACGACGUUUCUCUCCACGUCCACCACCAGUUCCUCGACAUCGACCGCCUCAUUUCUCAACACAUGGAGAAGCUGCGAGCGGAGAUGGACGAGCAGAGAAAGAGCCAGGCGAGGAGGCUCGCGGAGUCGAUCGGGCAAGGCCUGGCGAAGCGGCUCCGAGCGCGAGAGGAAGAGAUCCAGAAGAUCGGGAGGCUGAACUACGCGCUGGAAGAGAGGAUCAAGUCGCUGUGCAUCGAGAACCAGAUAUGGCGAGACCUGGCGCAGACAAACGAAGCCACGGCGAACGCGCUGAGGACGAACUUGGAACAGGUGCUGCUGGCGCAAGUCAAGACGGCGGCGGACGACGCGGGCGAAACGGCCGAGCUGGACGACGCCGCUAACCAUCGCCGGAACGGCGGCGGCGUCGACGACAACGCCCUAACGGAGGACGCGCAGUCGUGCUGCGGAAGCAGCGGGGGGGGAGGAGGGGAAGGGGAAUGCGAGGGGAGGCGCGGGUUAGCGGGGGAGGAGGGGGGGAGGGGGUGGUGCAGGGAGUGCGGGAAGGAGGAGGCGCGGGUGCUGAUAUUGCCGUGCAGGCAUCUGUGCCUGUGCCGGACGUGCGAGCCGUCGUGUCGGGCGUGUCCGGUGUGUAGGUCUGCCAAGAACGCCAGUUUCGUCGUUAACGUGGAGUGAACGUUGGGAAAUGAAAAUAUCACGAGGAAUGUGGAAUGAAA